AUGGAGGCUGAAGGCCAUGCCUUUGAGGCAGCUGAGAAGGUGAAGGAGAUCCAAUGUGAGGUGGAAGACCUCCUGCUUCACAUCCGCCGUGCCGCGGACAUCGAAUCCCAGCAUCUUGAAGCGCAACGAGUGGAGCUCCAGAAGCAACAUGCGGAGAGGAUCAAGGACCUGCAAGACGAGGUGAGACGGGUCAGGGAAUCGACUGAUGAGAGUGUCGAGAAGAUUGAAGCAGAGAUGCAACGAGAGCAAUCUCAGAUUGAAGAAGAGGUGCUGCAAAAGUCGGUCGAACGGAGUGAGGCCUUGAAAGCCAUCAAGGAGGAAGUGGAGGAUUUGUCAGCUGUGGCGGAUCAAGAAUACCGAAAGUCCUUGGACAAAGACAAGUUGCGCCAUGAAGAAGCUCGAAAGGCCAUUCUUGACAUGGACAAUCAGCGAUGGAGGACGGUGGAGGAGAUGGACCAAAGCUGCCAAAUGUGGAUCACGGCAUUCAAUCAGAGGCUGGAAGAAACCCAAGCAGAUUUGGCGUACCGAGUAGAACACUUGGUUGGAGAAGCAAGAGCUGCAAGGCUGGGUUUGCACAAGGCCCGCGAGCGGCUUGAUCGCCAAUGGGAAGAUGAACUCACUCAACUGCGGCAAGAAGCUCUAAAGGAGCGCUUUGACGCUGCAAGCACGUUGGACCAAGCUCGAUUGAAGCGAAGAGAGCUGGAAAGCAUGUCCAGGGAGAAAAGUCUGGCCGGCAUUGAAGAGUGCAAGCUGCUCAAACGUGAGCAUUUAUUGACCCUACGGAGGGUUGCGGAUGAGUUGGAUCAGAUGCGGAGGAACAUCGGAUUGCAAGCUCGUGAUCCCAUGCUGGUGCAGAGUCUCAGGGAGCUCAGUUCAAAGAUUCGACAUGGCCAAAUGAAGCAGCCAAAACUCUCCACAUUCCAGGCGCGAAGUUUGGCCAGCAUGGCACAGGUCGGCUCCUGGGCGGAUGGAGUGAUGGGGCUCAGCAUCGGGGACCGUGUGAUCCGUGUGAUCCGUGUGCACGCGAAUGUCAUCUUUGAGCACCAAAAGGUGUUGGAGAGUUCACCUGAGACGGAUUGCUCAAAAAACCUCAAUGCCUUCAUUCAUCUUCAUUGGCUUUUUUGGCUCAAGCACCCUUGGAAAUCCAAGGGAGAAGUAGAGUUUCCUGGGUCUGGGUUGAAGCGCACUUCUUUGAGCCUCGUAGCCAUGGGACGGGCAACGCUGCUGAGACAUGCGUCACUCUUGUCUUGCAACGAGAUAUCCUUCGAAGACAAGCUGGCACAAUUGCGGAAGGAGCUGGUGGAGAGGUACUUGAACAAGUAUGGCUUUCCAAGCAUCAACGAGCCACGAGAGGUUGCAGAGGGCAGCCGGGUUCGGAUGGAACCUCUUUGUGCUAUCCAUUUGGCAGCCAUGAAAGGUGACCCUGGUCUCUUGAAGCUGCUGCUAGUGGAGGGUGCUGAUCCAGACGAAACCUUCCAAGGUUACAAUGCUCUGGACAUCGCAGAAGCUGAAAAUCAGAAUGGAUCGCACCAUGACGUCAUUGAGGUCCUCAAAGAUGCUCUCAGGGUAAGGACCCUAAGACUCUGAGCACUGAGGCUACCGACGUCUUCGCAUUUUCCUCCUGCAUUUUGGCGAAUGGGGUUAAGGUUUCAAUUCAUGGAGUCAAUGGUAGAGCGGCGUUCGUAAGGACGGAUGCCGUUUGCCUCCAAAUUCUGGAAACAGGGAAGCCACAGGGAAGUGUUGCUUGAACCAUUCCUGCAUCCCAUACUCACAGGAGCUCCCAUGCAUCGUAAGGACGAUACAUCCAAGUGACUGACACAGGCUGUGCAGCAGAGUGUUGGACAUGUUGGAGCAGGUCUCCAACUUCACUUUUUGGGUCAUUCGUAAGGACGGAUGUCUCCAACUUCAUGCUUUUCCCCAUUUGCAUUUAAAAUGUGGAUGGCCUCUGCAGAUAGAUGCAAACAAUGCCUCAAGUCUCUGCGCACAAAAA